AUGAUAGAUACCACCCUGUACGACUAUCUACUCCCCAAAAACCCCAUAGCGGGCAGGUUUUACAUGCUCCCUAAAAUCCAUAAACCUGGAAAUCCAGGGCGCCCUAUAGUUUCAUGCAACGGUACAGCUACUGAGAACAUCUCAAGCUUUGUAGACCACCUUCUCAAAGAUAUACCUCCGCAACUACCAUCCUACAUUAAGGAUACCAAUCACUUUCUUCAAGUAUUAAGUAAAUGUGAGCCUCCUCCUUCCAGUCUGCUAGUCACGCUAGACGUUUCAUCUCUGUAUACCAACAUCCCCCACGAAGAUGGCAUUGCUGCAGCUGAAAGGGCGUUUUCAAGAUAUUCUGAUACCCCCUACGAUCCGUGUGUCCUACCCACAUUUCUCAAUCUUAUUCUCAAAAAUAACAACUUCGAAUUGGACGGUAAGCACUACUUGCAAGUCAAUGGCACGGCUAUGGGUACAAAAAUGGCACCAAACUACGCAAAUAUUUUUAUAGGAACUCUGGAGGAGGAAUUUCUGUCCAAGCGCGUAAAAAAGCCUACGCUUUACAAGCGGUUCCUCGACGACAUCUUCAUGGUGUGGCUACACUCAGAAGAUGACCUAAUCACAUUUAUCAGCGACUUUAACCAAGCACAUCCGGCCAUCAAGUUCAUCCAUUCGUAUUCCGCUUUCACUGUCAACUUCUUAGAUGUCCAGGGAAAGUUAACCCAGGGGGUCUUGUCCACAAACCUGUUCCGUAAACGUACGGACUCUCAAAAGUACCUAGCAUUUAACAGUUGUCACCCGCGUCAUACUAAACUUGCCAUCCCUUACAGCCAGGCACUUUGGUACAGGCGUAUCUGCUCCAGUGACGACGACCUGAGCAGCAAUCUCGCUGAACUUAAACAUUCAUCGAUCGCCAAUUUCCACCUAAUUUGGUUGACGACGCACUAA